AUGGCUCGGGCUGCCAGCCUGGAGGAGCCUGAGAGGACAUCUUUUCUUGCAGGCGUCCUGGAAGAUCCGAUCUUCGACCCUUCAGAGCCAUGCUCAGCAGUCAACUGGCUGCAAGAGAGCAAUACUGAGGCCAACUAUGAGAUGGAGACGCUGGGCCAGCAACUUCCCUAUCAUACUUCAGUAGAAGCAGUGUUUUUUGCGCUCUUUGCAUUGGAGCUGCUGCUAAAGCUGUACGUGCAUCGUUUGUACUUCUUCUUCAACGACGACUGGACCUGGAAUUUGUUUGACUUUACAAUCUGUGUUGUCUCCGCCUGCGACGUUCUCGGCCUCGCGAUGCCGGUCGGUGGCUUCUCCUUUGCCAGGUCACUGCGGAUCCUCAGGGUGGCCAAAAUUCUGCGUGUGAUCCGGAUGCUGAGGUUCUUGCGCGAGGUCAGAAUCAUGUUGAUUUGCAUGAUGGGCUCCGUGGUGUCACUCUUCUGGGCCAUUGUCAUGCUGGUCUUCAUCAUGUUUCUGUUUGCCUUAUUCUUCAUGCAGGAGAUGGCUCCCUACCUGGCUGCCACUGAAGGCAUCGAGACUCCGGAGCUAUGCUCUGACGAAAGCUUGGAGCUAUGGAAGAACCAGCGCACCUACUUCCACACGAUAUUCUCUACCAUGCACGUAUUGGCAAUGGCAUCCACGGGAGGAAAAGACUGGGAGGAGGUGUGGAAGCUGAUUUUUCCAGUGGGCUGGGUGGCAGCUGGAGCGUUCUUGUUCUACUUGCUGUUCUUCAUGUUUGCCGUCAUGAACAUCAUUACAGGCGUCUUUGUCGAGCAUGCCUCGAUCUUAUCCAAACCGGAUGAUGAGGAAGCAAUGCUUGAGCACAUGAGGCAACUUCGAAGCGACGUCGACUACCUCACAGCGAUCAUGGAGCUCAUUGACAAGGACAAGUCUGGAUACAUCUCAGUGCGAGAAUUCCUGACAGCAAUGCAGAACGAAAGGAUUGAGUACUCCCUUCGUUCAAUCGGAGUGGACAUGCGCAUGCCGGAGAGGUACUUCACCACGCUGGCAUCGUUGAGUGACAAAAGAGAGAUCAGCAUACAAGAGCUUGUGUACAAAAUUGUGGAUAUGAAAGGCUCUGCAUCCCGAGCUGACGUGGAGCUCCUCAGUCUGGAAACGAGGAUCCUGAAGCGAGACAUUACAAAAAUGUUUUCAGGCCUGAAGAAGCUUGUCCAUCAGAUGAAGGCCUUGGCCUGCGCGAAUGCUUGCGCGAUCUACAGAUUAACAUGCUACUCUGACCAGCUUUGGCCGUAA